AUGCAACUUAUAUUACUGAAUACUAUAUUUAUUGUAUUGAUUUCUGUAUGUUAUAGUGAUUUAAAUAUUACUCAAUUGUCUAUUGUUACAUGCGAAAAAUGUUCUCCUUGUUGGAAUAUUUUCAGUAAAAAUUAUGGUCCAUGUUCUAAUGAAGAAUUCGAAAUGAAUCCAUUUAAUGAUGUACAACCAAUGUGUAUUGAUACACUCAUUUUACUUAUUAUAAUGUUUCUUGGUAUUGUUAUUCUUAUACCAACUUGUCUUUGGCUAUUUUCUUUAUGGAUAAAACGUUGUCGAAAUAUUAACGCAAAAUAUAUUGUUAAUGGACGUAUAAUUACUUGA